CAGGUGCCUCUCUGCCAGAGCUCGCGUCAGGUCCAUGUACGUCUUUCUGAACAUAGCUCACGAGCCAUCCACUUCCCUGCAGCAAGGGCCCGACCAAACAGCACAUAUCAGACUGAAACUCAUUACUGUGAUACUUUCAAAGCCCAGAUCGCGACCUGUCGUCUUGCUUCAACCCCGCAUCACGCUCAGUCACAUCGACCCGGAGUUGAGAAUAGCUCCUUGGCCAUCAUGGUAGGUCCUCAAACUGGAGUCCUGCCCUAGCCCCAGAGGCAGCCUGCUUCACAGCUGACCCGUCCUACCCUUCAAACAGUAUCGACCAGGUUUCGGCGGCG